UCGUGCUAAAUUCAAAAUUCAAGAUGUACAACACCAAUUCUCUAACAAUUUUAUUAAUAUUUAUGUUAAAUUUACUUGUAAAAACUAAAAACAACCUUUAUUAUUUUUUUAAUGAACAAAACUAUGCAAUAAGUCUACAUGUAGACAAUGUUUUAAACGAAAUUCUCAACAAAAAUGAAUAAAAUUCGUAUCUCCCGCUCUUAUUUUAGGUUCAUGUGUGUUUCCCACUCUCUAAAUUCUUGCCCCACCAUUGACUGCAAAUCAUAUGAUCAAUUUCGACCUGCGGAUCACAAGAUCUGCUCGCCCUACAUUUGUCGUAAGUUUGGCAGGCGUUGUCGCAGAAUCCCGAGUUUAUUUCAUCCUACAACAAACUAAAUCCAACCAGCAACAUGGCUCUCAGCGAUGCGGACGUCCAGAAACAGAUCAAGCAUAUGAUGGCUUUCAUUGAGCAAGAGGCCAAUGAAAAAGCCGAGGAGAUUGACGCUAAAGCCGAGGAGGAGUUCAACAUCGAAAAGGGACGUUUGGUUCAACAGCAACGUUUGAAGAUUAUGGAGUACUAUGAAAAACGCGAAAAGCAGGUUGAACUCCAGAAGAAAAUUCAAUCUUCUAACAUGCUGAACCAAGCCAGGCUGAAGGUUCUGAAAGUGAGGGAAGAUCAUGUGAGAAAUGUCCUUGAUGAGGCCAGGAAACGCCUGGGAGAAGUCACAUCUGAUCAUGCUAAAUAUCAAGAGGUUCUCAAUACCUUGAUCCUCCAGGGUCUAUACCAGUUGUUUGAAACAAACGUUUUGGUGCGUUGCCGUGCUCAAGAUCGAUCCAUCGUCGAGAAUUGCCUCUCCGACGUUUCUGGCCGCUACAAGGAAGCUGUUGGCAAGGAAGUCAUUCUUAAGAUCGACACUGAGAACCCGUUGCCGGCCGAUGCCACCGGUGGUGUGGAACUGUACGCUCACCGAGGCCGCAUUCGCAUCAACAACACACUGGAAGCGCGCUUGGAGUUGAUUGCUAUGCAAUUGAUUCCGGAGAUUCGUACGGCUCUAUUCGGACGCAACGUCAACCGCAAAUUCACAGAUUAAAUACACAUCCGCACGCAUUCAGUAUUGUUUAUAAAGCGAUUUUAUCCAAAUACUUGUUAAUUCUGUACAUAGCAACACUCAAGCGGGUCUGUCUUGUAUACAGAUUGGUUCUUGCUGAUUUUCAAACUCAUCUGGACAGAACAUUACCGAAAUCGCCCGUUUUUUGAUUCCAUUUUAAAUAUAAUAUUAACACUUGGUUGUAGUGUAGAUAUGUUAUUCGUGCGAACAGUGCAGAAAUGCUUCUAUGUGUUAAAAAUGAUGGUAGGAUUAUAACAGUUCAAUAAUUGGCACACGAAAAUGAUAAUAAUUCAGGUAGUGUAAAUUCACGUCUAAACGUUGUCUUGUUGCAAUAAAAAUAUAUAAAUAUAUCUGUUGUAAUUUA